AGAAUCAUUGCCGUGAUGGGAAGCUUUCAGUCUUUGCCCGAUGACCAUCAAUAUAGAACUCUGUCCAAGAAGACAGGCUUUUCACUGGAGCAGAUCACAAUCCUCCACAAUCGUUUCAGGCAGCUCAGCCAUAACGAGGAAUCAUUAAGGUAAACUGACAGUGUCAUCUGCGGACUGUUUUGUUUUGGCAGAUCUUUUUUUUAGAGUUGUUCCAGCCUGAGUGUUUCAAAGAAUGAUGCUAGCUUUCGAGCAUGAAAUCCAACCAGUUGUGCGGGUACCUACUGUUUUAUUGAUCUGCUUGUUUUCUUGGUCAUUGUGUGGGUGGUUUGGUUGGUUUCAUAACAUAUAGGCUUAAAUGCUACUACAUGGGUUCUCCCCACUGAAAAAAAACAAGCAUACAAGAUGGCACCGCCUUAUGAAAUUGUAUUAUAGGAAAGACGACUUUAAAACAAUCCAAGACCUAGAAAGCAACCCUAUUCGGUUCCAGAUUAUAGAGGCCUUCUUUGAUAAAAGGAACUUCCAGAAAAAUGGUGUGGGAUCUGUGGAAGAAAUUGGUUUUGAGGAAUUCCUUACAGUCAUGUCAUACUUCAGAGCACCAGGCCUUCAUAUCACAGAGGAGAAGAGAGAAGAGAUAAGGAGAGCCAAACUACGCUUCCUGUUUAACAUGCAUGACACAGACAAUGAUGGAACCAUAACACUGGAAGAAUACAGACAUGUAGUAGAAGAGUUGUUGUCCCGUAGUGGAGCACUUGGAAGGGAGACAGCCAAGGGCAUUGCGGAUGCUGCAAUGCUGGAAGUUGCCAGUAUUUCAGUUGGUCCAAUGGCACCUGAUGAGUUCUAUGAAGGGAUCACAUUCGAGCAUUUUGUUAAGAUUCUUAAAGGAAUUGAAAUUGAGACGAGAAUGCACAUUCGCUUCUUGAACAUGGAUACAACUGUGAUGUGCAAGUAAUGUUCUGUCUAAAUAUUGCAGGUUAAAAUUUUCUAGUAAAAGGAGCUCUCUUUGCACUUUAAUAUAUGAAACCAGUUUAGGAUUGUUUGAAUAGAUAUUUAGUUCUAUAAACUAUUUAUAGGAGCCAAGAGUGUUAGUUAAAACAAAAAAGUUAGCACUAACAAAAAGUGUCUUGAUACCAGCUCUUGAUACUCUAUUUGCAACUCACCUAGCUUUACAUGCACAUCUAUAACUGUGGUACUAUACUAUUAAACUAUGCAAACUUUUAAUUAUUUUAUUUUAUUGUUUUUAAAAGUUUAAUUAUUGCUUUAUUUAAUUAUUGAGUUGUUUGAAGUCCUUUAUUCUAAAAGCAUAUUGAAUGCUUAUCAAUAAUAUAAUCAAAUUUAAUCCAAAUGUAUUUUCACUAGAAAAUAUUAAAAAGAGCAAUCAUAUUGUGACCACUGUGUUAUAUCAACACAUUUUCCUUUUUGUGUGCUCUUUUUCCUCAUAUUGACACACAGUGCUGGGGAGUAUCGGAUUACAUGUAAUUUGGAUUAUGUAACCAGAUUACAAAAUAGAUUACUUGCAAUUGUAUUACAUUACAUUUUAAAAUAAUCGUAAUCAGACUACAGUUACUUUUUGGAGAGUCCAUGUUUACAUAUGAACAAGGCAACGACAUUAAAUUGUUAAUAAUUUAUUGAUCACCCUAAUCAUUCUCUUUUUUUCAUUUUUCAUUCUAAAUCAGCACACCGCUGAUAUACGUUUGGUAAAUCUUUGCGUGUUUUUGGAAGUGUGGGGGGGGGGGUAUUGCACUCAGAACUGAUACUUACUAAUAGCCAUUCAGGUGGUGAUGGAGCGGUCUACCUCAGCAUUUAACCACUGGAUCUAUAGAGAUCAUUUCAUUUUUAAGAAGACACGAUGCAAAAACAUCACUGUGCAAUGUAAACUCUUGCUUCCAGAAGUUAAUAUAUUGUCAACUGUGAAGAAUUCUAUGUAAAAUCUGAAGAAGCAUUUGGAAACUUUGCAUCGCAAAUAUUUUUUCAAUUAUUAUUUGAAUGAUCACUCUGUGUGUAAUAUAACCAUGUUGCAAUGUCUUUGGAAUGGUUUUGUCCAUCAAACGCAUCAAAAUGCACAAAUAUACGUCAUUUCAUAUUCAAUUGGAUUAGCACCAUAAAAUUACUUUUAGUUUCUUAAAUUGCUUGUGUAGUCAGCUUUAAAAAUGUAUAUGAAUGCACUUUUGGUAUAGUGAUAACUUUGAGACGUUUUUGUGAUGCCGACAGGUUUGAUCUCUAACCACACGUGAACGGCGUUUGUAUAAUGGCAAAAUUGCACGACCACAUUUGUGUUAACGUGCCUUGGGAACAUGUCCAUAAUUUUAGAAACUCCAAUAAGAAAAUGCCUGUUAAACGCAAACGUAUUUGUGUCUGUCAUUGACGGAGGGCCUAGACCGCUAUCAGCAUCAUAGGGGAAAAUAUGAAAACUUCCUUCAUAUUUUUACAUUUGCAAUCAUUAAUCUGAAUUUGUGGACAUUAGCACCACCCAAACGAUUAAACCAUGCAGAAUUCGGUUAAAAGUAAUCCAAAAGUAAUCUUAAUGAUUACUCCAAAAAUUUAAUCUACAAGAUUACAUUACUGAUUGCAUUUUUUUGUCAUGUAAUUUGUCAUCAGUACCUGAUUACAAUUCACAAGUAAUCUACCCAGCACUGUAAUGCUAAUAAAAUAAACAGUACUUGAAACCAUAUUCACAAAUAAAGAACUGCAGUUACUUCUACCAACCAGCAGAUAUCACUAAUACCAUGGUUUUGUCUGUGGGUAGAAAUAUACUCUACAAUUUAUAAGCAGAUUUCAGCAGCUUUAAAGGGCAGCUGUAAAUAAAUGUAUCAACAAACAUUACAUUAAAACAAUACAAAGGUAUUCUAUGACUAAGACAGAGUGAAUUAGUAUAACAAUGAUAACCAUAUGAUACACAAUGAUAAUCUGUAAUUGCUAGUGGAACAACAUCGAAGACCAUAUAAUGUCAUGCAUAAUUAAGUAAUAACAGAUUUUAUAUGUUGAUACACAGAGCUCACAUUUGGGGUUCAAGUUGUGUCAGCAGUUAUGAAUUGUACUUGUAUUGUACAGGCACUAUAAUAGAAUCAGUGUACUUUAUUGAAGGGGAGGAAUAUGCUUUGCAUAGAGCAUUAAGAGCUGUUUUACUUGCAAAAAUUAACCCACCUGUAGUAUGUCCUCUGUAAAGGGGCCAAAUAUGUCCCCCAAAAAAAAAAAAAAAUGAAUGAAAGUUUCUACUGUUAUCCUUAAAAAAGACUGCACAUGCAUCCACUGUAUUGAACUUGUAAGCUGCAUAUACCGCAAUAAAAAAAGUUCUUGUAA